GUAUAAUUGCUGCCGCUUUGUGAAGAUUUCAGUCUCUCAAUUAAGUCUAUUUACCCGAACCUCUCUACACAACUCGAGACUUGCAGGUCUCCAUCUGUUGUAUAUCUCCCCAUGUCCUGUGGAGGGUCCUUCUGAAGAGGAAUUAAAACAUGUCGGCGGAGCGUAAGAUGUUAGAUCUCUUCCCCGUGUCCCUGUCUAUGGAGGAUAAACUGCUGUUGAUGCGGUAGGUACUGACUCACAGCUGAUUAGAACGAUAAUGUCAACAUGGUCUCCAUUCCUGGGAGUGGGGAUAAUGAUUUUUUUUUUUCUGACAAGUAUCAUUUUUCUAUGAUAUUUUUAUUUAUUGAUAAAACUCUGCAUUGUGAUUUCUUUAAAUUACACAUAAUGUCAUAAUGACAAUUUAUGUUGAGGAAUAAAAACAUAUGUCCGAGGGGGAAUGCAUUCGGGUUUCGAGUCUCGAGAAUAAAAAUUAAGUGAAUGACUUUGAGAACUUCAUUCAUAUUUGAGAACAGAUAGAAAAGGGGGGGGGGCUUUUUUCUGUUUGUUGGUAAGUUUAUCUUUUCAGAAUUUUUUAAUGUAACACUUUUAUAAAACUGAACAAACACCAGCAUUGACUCUCCCUCGCACUUGUCUCUUCGUAAUUGUUUACAGUACAUGUAAAUGGAUCGCACUUAAUUACCGGUCAUUUCUGUAUUUUUCAAAAUGUUGUUGACGAGAAUAUUGUAAGGAUUCCUGUUUGCCAGGAAGACGUUAAAUGGAUCAACACAAAAUUAAAUAAAAACCAAAACCUUCUUUUCUUUUCAAAAAUCCAUGAUAAACUGGACCCACUUCCGGUUUGCCGCGCGCAGUUAGAGUAGGAGCAAUUUUAUUUUGCGCGACGCCAGGGGCUUUCAGAUAAGGGGUAGUACAUCCUGUGUCGAUUAUAAAUUGUCUGCAAAAGAGAAGUGGAAUUUUGUAAUUGAAAUUUUGUUUCAUAAUUAUUUUGUUUUGUGGUAACAUUGCUGGUGUUUUGAUUUUCUGAGUCCAUUUAUCGGACGUUAGGCUGUCGUCCAAUUUCCUUUGUUAGCAAACUUCCGGUGCAGAAUCGUUAGACUCCUGGCCUCCGUCAAAGGGACACGUAACGAUCAACAGAAAUUAAUUCAUUCUCGGUCAGCACCGUGUUAAAAAGGCUAUCAGAGACUGCAACACUAAAAAAAACACACAACAUGGCAUAAAUGAUAAAAUCUUUGUGUGUUUAGAACAUCGAUUUUUCUUUUAUUGAGUUCAUUAAAUUCGUCGGGCUAGAUUGCUACAUUGCAAUCACUAAUGGCGCAAAACGUAAACACAGUUAAGUUGUAAAUCACUUUUCAGAACUUGUCACUAAAAUCACAUGAAAGGUGAAAAUGAGUGGAUUAGGAAAUUAACUCCUCCAAUCACUCUACUGUUAAGUCUAUAGAAUUCUUAUUUUGAAGUUGUAUCGACAGUCAAUGUGCUGUAAGCGUUUCUAUAACUUCAAUACUCCUGGACUGUUCAGGUUGAAGAAACCAAAUGUAUCCCAUUCUUUUCUCCAUCCUUACACUCCAAAUGUUUUAAUUUUCAGAGGCGUCAGUGUUGCUUUACGCCUUGCAUUUGUCCCUUAGAAACCGUGAAGAUUUUCGUAUUCCGUAUAUAUCUCGCCACAAAAGUUGCAUUAGAACGGAUCAUCGAAUCUAAAAACACGUCGCAACGAUCGGUUGAAUCUAUAUUUGUAAUAUAUUUUGAUGAGAGUUAGGUACCAAAUGAUGGCGAUGUUUCAGCGCACCUGUCGUUUAACUUUAUGUGAGUAUACAGUGCACUUGAUGGCCGCCCAUUUCCCGUCUAGGAAACCCCUGCUGAGCAUUUAUUAUUAAGUGGCAAUAUGAAAUAAAAUUUUGGUGUGUACUACGUGAAAAUCUUUUGACCUUUCAUACAAAAUAAACAUUAAAUACUUUAUAUAUUCAAUAUCUGUUAUCGAUCUACAUAUAUAUGAAUAUUUUGCAUUUGUUUUCUGAUCAUUUAAACACAGAAGUGUUCCCGGAGUAGCUACUCCCCGAAGAUUUAUGGGCCGUCCUGCGAGCUCUGGAUUAAUUUGUUUGUCGUCAGUGAAUUGAGAGUUUACUUUCAAUGUUUGACCAUACGUUUGGUGACAGAAGUACUUUGAUUUCCGAAUAUUUUCUAUUACAUUUUGGAGUUAUAUACACCAAAAAAGAUGAGACAUAAAGAGUGUUUUAGGUUGUCUUCUGAAUCGGAUUUCAAACUGCCUAGACUGAUGGAGCGGCCCAGCAUUGACCAUCGACGAUCGCGGACAGUACCCUGGUUUGAGGACAACAGAUCCUCAUACCAACACCACGCCGAGUACCUCAAAAAGCUCUCCACUCUCCGAGAGGAGCUCAUUCUCCAAGAACAGACACACCUUGCUAACGCACUCGACAGACUACGCAUGCGUCAGUACAAUAAAGACAACGCUCUAGCGAGAAGCAAAUCUAAGGAUUUUUUGCCAGACUCACGGCGUUCUCUAAUGACCACUAUAGAACAUUUCCAGAGAAUGAGACCAAAGAAAUCCCCUCCUCAUAUAUCGCCGUUAGAGGGUAAGCAGAUUCUGGAGCCGCAGACUUACAAACCAGUGAAAAGUCCUCAGUUAUCAGAAAAAGGACUAAUGUCACAAAGGUCCUUGGACGACAGUAUCCGGACGAACCUUCAAAGAAUCCCACAGACCACGGUCCAGCCGACUUCCAGCAUUCCGAACAUCGGACGCAAAUCCAUCACGAAGAGCAAGGAACUGGUGCUAGACGGCUCUCCUAUACACAAACGCCGUCUGAUGCCUUCACGAGAGGAAAAAGACGCACAGGACUUCAAUCCGUUCAAGGCUGUUUACAAGGGUAAUAAAGGAACCCGCCUACGCCGUCUCGUGAGACCGGAUGAGGACGAACUGGACUUGAGAGCUCAAGCAAUUAAUUUUGAAUCUUUAAGUGAUAAAGACAAGAUAAAUCUGGACAAGUUGAAGGAGUUCUACUGUAUUUACUAUCUUCCUACGAACACACCAACGAACGCUUCAGACGACGAAGAGUCCAUGGAAUUUCCAGAAGAUAACUUUGUGCAGGAACCUGUCGAUUUUCAUCAUGACAAAAAGAAACGUUUGACUCUAUUGGAAAGUAGACCUAAAGUUUUCCAGGAAGACGGACUGGAGAUUUCUCCGAGGAAACCUCAAGGUGAACAAAGUAAUGGAAUUCCCGGUGGUUUGAUUCUGAACGGCCAGGGUAUUCGGGACCAGGAAGUGACGCAACAGGCUGAAAGUGAAUCCUUUACUAUAUACGGUGACAAGAAAUGUUCAGUUCCGCCCCGGAAACAGAUCAUUGUGGACAUGCCCUCUAUUGUGUUUAACAAUGCUACUCCGGAAAAUGAAAAUGUCUCGGUUUCGGAACGGAAGCGCCGCUCGAUGUUACAGAAGACGUUCAAACAGAACGAGAUUCGACAACGGGAACUUCGAAAUCUCUUUGACGACGUACGAGAAUUGAACAAACGUAGUGAUGAACUGACCGAGUCAAUUAAGUCGAGCUCGGAUUAAAUCAGAGCGUUCGCCAAAUUUUCAUUUCUGCAGUUUUUAUUCAUGCCAGAGGUAUCCCCAUAAUUCACUUCUGAUUGUCAGGUCCUUAGUUCUCGGUAGUCAUGACACGUCUAGUCAUUCUUGAAACACGUUACUUCAAAGGUUUUAUUUAUGAUUACUUUCUCUAUAUACUGUUAAAUGAAAGUUGCCUAGGGUUUAAAAACCUCAUGUGAUUGAAUUAUAUUGCAGUACAUCUAUAAAAAUUGUCAAGAAACUCAAUGAAAUAAAUGAAAUGAAAUGAA